AUGAGACGCAAAUUAACAUUAAUUGAUGCUCAAAAUAUUGCUUUAGAAAAAGGUGGACAAUGUUUUUCUGAAUAUUAUAUCAAUAAUAAAAGUCUUUUACUUUGGAAAUGUGCUAAGUUUCAUGAAUGGAAGUCUGCUUUAUGUGAUAUAAAAAAAGGUAGAUGGUGUCCACAUUGUGCAAAAUGUUUUAAACUUAAUAUUGGUAUUGCUAAAGAAAUUGCGUUUAAAAAGUGCGCAAAAAAACAUGAAUGGCAAGCUCUUUUAGAAAAGAUAAGAAAUCAUAAUUCUUGGUGUCCUAAAUGUGUAGUAGAUACUCGAAGAGUUGGUUUAGAUUUAGCUAGAAAUAUAGCUCGAUCUAAAAAUGGCGAAUGUUUAUCAGAUAAGUAUAUUAAUAUUCCUACUCCAUUACAAUGGAGAUGCCGUCAAGGACAUAUUUGGCAUGCAGUAUUAAAUUCAAUAAAAAAUCAAAAUUCAUGGUGUUCUCAAUGUGCAGAACGUUCUAAACUUGAUAUUAAUAUUGCUAAAGAAAUUGCUCUUAAAAAAGAUGGAAAAUGUAAUGCAAAACUUUCUAUUGAGGAAGCUAUAAAAAUUGCAACUAAAAAUAAAGGAUUAUGUCUUUCUGAAACAUAUAAUGAUGCGCAUACAAAAUUAAAACGGCAGUGUGAAAAAAAGCAUGAAUGGUACGCAACUUUAAAUAGCCCACCAUCCGAUAUUCGUAGACCAGAUUUCUUAAAAACAUCUAAUCAUCCAUUAGGACUUGAGCUUGAUAUAUACUAUCCACAAUAUGGUUUUGCUAUUGAAGUUCAAG